UACCUAGCUCACUCCUUGGCCGGUGCUCGCAUCUCUUCGAAAGCGAUAGCCAAAGCCCUCCUGAUCUUCCAGCAAGCUAGCUAGAGCGACGCGCGGCCACGAGCGAGCGAGUGGUGGUGGUGAGGCAGCGUCUCGUGCGUGCGGACGGACGGACAUGAUGGAUCACCUGAGCCUGGUGCCCUACGAGGGAGGCAGCAGCGCCGGCGGUGGCGCCGGCGGAGGGGCCAAGUACAAGGAGUGCCUGCGCAACCACGCCGCGGCCAUGGGCGGGCAGGCCUUCGACGGCUGCGGCGAGUACAUGCCGGCGUCCCCCGACUCCUUCAAGUGCGCCGCGUGCGGGUGCCACCGCAGCUUCCACCGCCGCGCGGGCGGAGGCGGCAUCACGGCGCCGUUCUUCUUCAGCCCGCCUCCUCCUCCGCCGCCCCAGCACCACCACCACCACCCCGUGCUGCAGGGCUUCGUGCCGUCGUCGGCGCCCAUGCGGCCGCCGCAGCUGGCCCUGCCGUACCACGCCGUGCCCCCCGCCGCGUGGCACCACGGCCUGCUGGACCCCGCCGCAGGCGCGCGCUCCGGGUCGGAGACGCCCCCGCGCGCGGACGACUGCAGCCCCGGGUGCGGCGGCGGCGGGAGCGGGAGCUUCGGGCGGAAGCGGCACCGCACCAAGUUCACCCCGGAGCAGAAGGAGCGGAUGCGCGACUUCGCGGAGCGGCAGGGGUGGCGCAUCAACCGUGACGACGGCGGCGCCCUGGACCGCUUCUGCGUUGAGAUCGGCGUCAAGCGGAACGUGCUCAAGGUGUGGAUGCACAACCACAAGCACCAGCUCGCUUCGCCCACCUCCGCCGGCGCCGCCGCGGCUGCAUCUGCUGCGGGGGGCAUCGGCAUGGGCAUGGGCAUGGGCGCCCAUCAUCCAGGACCCCAUGUUGGCACUGGCUCUGACAUUGGCCUGGGCGCGGGCAGCGGCCUUGGCGUUGGCAUGGGUAGCGGCCUUGGCGUUAGCAUGGGCGCCGGCCUUGGAGUUGGCAUGGGUGCCGGCGUCGGCGACGGCGACGGUGACGGCGAUGAUGACGACGACACGGACGACGACUCACCUCCACGGGCCGCCGUCUCGUCCCCUUCCCCCUCCCCCAUCAGCGUCUAGCAAUGAGCACCGAGUUAGCUGUUUCACUCGGGUAGGGAUUAUUAGGUUUAAUUAACGUACUGUCAGCAUGCAGCUGGUGUAAGCGACCCCCUGAUCUCCCGCAUGCCUCCCCCGCAGCGGCCGUGCCGUACGCCGUGGUACCGUAACCAAACCGAGGGCUACUAAUUCUAGCUAGCUAGUAAGCGCUGCUGUUCGUUUCUAGGCUCAUUAUUUUUCUUAUCUUGCUUUAAUCGUACUCCUAGCUGAAGUGAGUGACUAAUCCUGGUAGUAGUCCAAUCAAUCAAGAUUAUUAAUGCUGCGUUAAUCUGUCCGUGGCUGUGCCAGCGCUUUGGGGUUAGUGCCCCGGAAGCUUCUUGGAUCUGUUGCAGUUUCUGAAUUUCAGUGUGUUUGUUUGGUCUGCA